CCUUUUGACAUUUCUUUUUCUCUCUCAGGCUUUAGCUUCCUUUCUCGCUCAUUUCCUCGCCUUUUUCAAUUUUUUUUCCUUCUUUUUUUUUCCUUUUCUAUUUUCUCUCUCCCCAAACACACAAAACCCAAAAUACCAAAAAAAAAAAAAAGAAAAGAAAAGAAAAGAAAAAGGGCUUUUCCUUUAUGUAAUCGCUUGAUUUGUUAGAUCUCGAUGUUUUGCUCUUUCUAUUCUCGGGUUCUUUGUCUGCUAGCACAGAAAUUACGGUUUUUCAUUUUCGCUUUUGUCUCAGCUGCCACUUCAAUCAGGAGCCAUCAUUAAGCUCGUUCGAGGAUUUUUUUUUUUUAGUUUUUACUUUUGGCGAUUUUCUCACCAAAUUUUGCAUCUUCCAAAGGCAGGUAAUUUAAUUCUGCUAUUUCUUGUUUUUAAUGUCCUUGUUUUGUGUGUUUCUUUAGAGAAAUGGGUAGAUUUGGAUUGUUUUCAUGUGAAUUUGGUUGUUUUUUUUUUUUUAAUAUAGGUGUUGGUAGUGCAAUUAUUGUAGCUUGUAAUUUAUUAAUGAUAGAUUAUUGGAGUAACUUAUGAGGGGCUAUAGUGCAAUAAAUGCAGUUUGGAAUUUAGUUUUUAUCUGAAUUUAUUUAUUUCAACAAUUCUGGAAACGGGUUUAUUUUAAUUUUUGAAAAUUACAUGUCAUCUACCUUCCAAAUUGGGCGAAAGGGUUUAAUUUAACGUUCAAAGAUGGAAUGAUUUUGCCCUUUUUGGAAUAGAAUCGGAUUUGGAUACCCGGUUUAUCUGUAUGUUAGCUGGAAUUUUGAUUCUGUGGAUAAUUUUGUUUUCUAUUAACUGUUUUUACUCUUUCUGUAUUUGAUGACUUUUUCUGUCGUUUCCAAAUUUGUUCUGUAGAGAGUAGCGCCUAUAUUAUCCCAACAGCUUUUGUUUCCUUUAUAGAUUUAACAUGUUUAUGCAUGCUUUCGCAAUUCUUAUUUAACAUUGGAAUAAAGGAGUGUUGUCGAUGAUCCACUUGUAGUUCGUCGUGAUGCAUAAAGAGUGUGUAUUAGAAAAAAAUAAUGUAUCUAUAAGAGUUGGAGUGCAAGUAUGAGAAAGUGAGGAAAAGGCGCUGCCUUUUUUUUUGUUUCUUUAUAUUUCAAGUUUGCGUGUCUUCUAUCUUUUCUCUGGUUUCAGGUUUUGGAUGGUUCUAACCUGUUGGUAAGGGGUUUGUGUGUGAUUACAAAGAGAUGAGUCACACAAAAAAUGAGAGGGAAGAUGGAAUGCUCUCUAAGGAUCCGGCAGAAUCGCCAUUGGCUGAUGAUGGUAACUGUGGAGGUGCAGGUGGGGGAGUUGUUCUGAAGAAAGGACCAUGGACGUCUGCUGAAGAUGCAAUUUUGAUUGAGUAUGUGAAGAAGCAUGGGGAAGGCAACUGGAAUGCUGUCCAGAAGCACUCUGGACUGUUUCGUUGUGGCAAAAGUUGCCGCUUGAGAUGGGCAAAUCACUUGAGGCCAAACUUGAAGAAAGGGGCAUUUACUCAAGAAGAAGAACAGCUGAUCAUUGAACUCCAUGCAAAGAUGGGAAAUAAAUGGGCUCGGAUGGCUGCACAUUUGCCUGGACGUACAGAUAAUGAGAUAAAAAAUUAUUGGAAUACCCGGAUUAAGAGACGUCAACGUGCUGGGUUGCCUCUGUAUCCUCCUGAAGUGUGCUUACAAGCACUGCAGGAGAGCCACAGUACCAGUGCACUUAAUGGAGGAGAUAAAGGACCUCAUGAUAUCAUGCAGAACAACAGCUAUGAGAUGCCUGAUGUCAUAUUUGACAGUUUAAAGGCCAAUCAGAGUGUCCUGCCUUAUGUCCCUGAACUUCCUGAUAUAUCCACUAGCAGCAUGCUGAUGAAAGGUCUAGGUUCUUCUCAAUAUUGUAGUUUCAUGCCACCAACAAUCCAUCGCCAAAAGCGUCUUCGAGAAUCUACAGCAUUUUUCCCGGGUUACACUGGUACUGUUAAAAAUGAGUGCCCUUUGUUUGACCAGUUUCAAGAUGAUAUGUCAGACAAGGCUGCUCAAUCCUUUGGGGUGUCCUUUCCAAUUGAACCAGACCCUACAGCCAAAAACUCCCAGUCCUUUGGUGUAUUCCCUGGUAGCCAUGCCCUUACAAAUGGCAAUUUCUCGGCUUCGGAGUCCUCUUUAGAGGCUGCGAAGUUGGAGCUCCCUUCACUCCAAUAUCCAGAAACUGAAUUAGGUAACUGGGGCACAAUAUCUUGCCCACCACCUUUACUUGAGUCUGUUGAUGCUUUUAUCCAGUCACCACCCCCAACCAGCGGAGUGGAGUCAGAUAGUCUUUCACCUCGUAAUAGUGGCCUGCUGGAUGCUUUACUCCAUGAGGCAAAAACUCUAAGCAGUGCAAAGAAUCAUGCAUCUGACAAGAGUUCAAAUUCAUCAACUCCUGGUGAUAUAGCUGAAAGUUCCAAUUUCAACAUUUGUGAGACAGAAUGGGAAAACUGUGGUGAACCUCUUUCUCCAAUGGGUCAUUCAGCAACUUCUCUUUUCAGUGAGUGUAUCAGUGCAAGUGGCAGUUCAUUGGAUGAACAGCCACCUGCUGAAACCUUGACCGAGUCCUAUGUGAAAUCAGAAACAGCUGACCAUGUUUUGACCCUAGAGAUACAAAAGGAGGCUCCUAUUCGGCUGGACAGUACGUGCCCUGAUACUUUACUUGCUUCAAAUUGGCUUGAGCAGGGUUGUGUUUAUGGUAAGGACCAAACAAUCAUGAGUGAUGCAAUGGCAACCCUUCUUGGUGAUGAUUUGAGUAGCGAGUAUAAGAACAUGGCAGCUGGAACAUCUAUAUCAAGUCAAGCAUGGGGCCUUGGUUCUUGUGCGUGGAAUAACAUGCCUGCUGUUUGUCAAAUAUCUGAACUCCCUUGAGAUCUGCUGUCUCAAUUGUAUGAACUUGUCUGAAGCUUUUUUUUUGUUUCAUUCAUUCCUUGUUUUGUUUGAUGUGGGUAGUCAAGCAAACCUGAUGUACCACAGUUCACUUGGGAUGAGACUAUAAUAUGGUAUGAGUCAAGGAUGUUUCGGUAUGUUGUUUUUUGAUGUUUUUCUUGUUGAACUGUUGAAUGUGUGUAUGCCAAAAUGGAACUAUGAGGUAUGCAAUUGCAUUCAAGCUGUUGUUAUAAUUUUAGAAUAACUAUGCACUUUUAGCAUGGAAUUCUGGUCCAUGAUUUUUCUAUUA